AUGAUCCAUUGGUUGCCUGCCCUAAACUGUCCACACACUGCACUUGCUGCCGCUUCCAUCUUCUGUCAUACUAUACCAAAGAUCUCUGCAAUUGAUUGCUAUAUUGUUCGUAAUGUGGUGCAGUAGAACAGCGCUCGGGAGACUGCAGAAGAUCACCCCGUGUACCGUCACAGGAUUUCAUCGCGCGAUGUCCAUGUUACCCAAAGUUUAUGUGACGCGCAAGGUGCCGCCUGCCGGACUGGAAAUUCUCCGCAAAUCCGGACAGGUGCAGUUUGAGAUGUGGGACUCUGAUGACCCUGUGCCCCGAGUGGAGCUGCUGAAAAAGGUCAAAGGUUGCGAUGGAAUACUGUGUGUACUCACAGAGAAGAUUGACGCACACCUAUUGGACGCUGCAGGCCCAAAUCUAAAAGUCCUGAGCACCAUGUCUGUGGGCUUUGAUCAUCUUUCUCUGGAUGAACUCAAGAAAAGGGGAAUCCGUGUGGGAUAUACUCCUGAGGUACUGACUGACGCUGUGGCUGAAUUGACUGUCGCCCUGUUACUCACUACAUCCAGAAGACUCAUUGAGGCCACACAUGAGGCUAAAACGGGUGGCUGGGGAACUUGGAGAACUUUAUGGCUGUGCGGUCAUGAACUAGCAAACAGCACAGUUGGCAUUUUGGGACUUGGGAGGAUUGGUGUGGCUAUCGCCGAGCGUCUGAAGCCGUUUAAGGUGAAGAAGUUCAUCUACUCAGAUGUCGAGCCGAGACCUGAGCUCGCAAAUAUUAUAGAGGCAGAAUAUGUCUCUUUAGAUGAGCUGGCCAAGGAGUCUGAUUUUCUGGCCAUAUGCUGUGCUCUGACUCCAGAGACUCAUGGGAUUUGCAAUUGGAAUCUCUUCUCCAAGAUGAAGAAAAACGCCAUCUUCAUCAACACAAGCAGAGGGGGAGUGGUCAAUCAGGAGGAUCUGUAUGAAGCCCUGUCCACCGGUCGGAUUGCUGGAGCCGGCCUGGAUGUGACCACACCUGAACCACUGCCCACACACCAUCCUCUUUUCACACUCAAAAACUGUGUCAUUCUUCCCCACAUCGCCAGUGCUUCCUAUACGACACGAAACUCCAUGUCUGCUCUUGCUGCCAAUAACCUGCUGGCUGGACUCAGAGGAGAACGCAUGCCCAAAGAACUUAAACUGUAGAACUAGUUAAGGGAAUAGUUCUUUUCACAAUGAAAAUUAUGUCUUUAUUUACUCACCUUCCUGUUGUUCCAAACCUGUAUGCCGUCGUAUUUCCAUGGCACGGAAAAGGAGAAUUUGUGAAAAAUAUUCACACAGCUCUUUUAUACAGAAGAGUUUACAGUGACCACAGCUCCAAAAAAAGAAGAAUUAAUUACAAAAUAACUCGUAUUAAGGCCAAGAACCGAUAAGUGGCCUACAAUAAAAUUCUAUAUUAUUAAGUGAUUUAAAAUAAAACAAAUGUAAUUAUUUUAAA